UUUGCAGGGCGAAGGAGGACUGGGAGGGGGUGCAGAGAAGCUGGAGAAGGAACAGGGAAAAGCCCUGCAGUAGCCGGAACCCGGGGAGGUCUCCUUGGAAGGGGAAGCCUCUCUUUAGAGCCAAGUGAAUAAAGGCAAGUUUUCUCAGACAGAGGCGGCCCAAGAGAAACGGAAGGAGAUGGAAGAGCAGGACCCAGAAGGACCUGGAACUGGAAAGAGAGCGAGAAAGAGCCCCCAUCCCACCCAACCUCGAAGUGGUGCUGAAUUCUGGGAAAGAGCUGUGCCAGAGAGCCUGGCUGAGAACACUAUGACUUCAGAUGUCCAUUGCCAACACUUCCAGCAGUUCCGCUACCAUGAGGCCAGUGGGCCCCGAGAGGUUUGCAGCCAGCUCCAUGGACUUUGCAGCCAGUGGCUGAAGCCAGAGAGGCACACCAAGAAGCAGAUCCUGGACCUGGUGAUCCUGGAGCAGUUCCUGACCCUCCUUCCCCAGGAAAUGCAGGGCUGGGUCAGAGGAUGUGGGCCAGAGACCAGUUCCCAGGCAGUGGCCCUGGCCGAAGGUUUCCUCCUGAGUCAGGCAGAGGAGAAGAGGCAGGCAGAACAGAUGCAGGGACCACCUUUGAAGAUGGAAGCUGCAAUCCCUGAGGCAGAAGGAGCUUCCUUGGAGCAAGGGCAGAGGGUGCAGGCGGUGGAGCGUGCCCAAGAUGCCCUCUCCUGUGGAACAGGCAGUGAAGAGAUGCUGUUGAGCCGUUGUCUUUUCCAAGGUGUGGGAACAGUCGCUGCACCUCCAAUCCAGGGUCCCUUUUCCUUGGAGGAGGUGUCCGUCUCUUUCACUGAGGCAGAGUGGGCCCUGCUGGAUCCAGGACAAAGAGCUCUGUACAGGGAAGUCAUGCUGGAGAACUAUGGGAACGUGGCUUCUCUGGAAGCCAGAACUAUAAGAGAAACUAUGGCGGAGAAAGAGAUCGGUCUUGCAUUCAAAGAAAGUUUGCAGAGUUCUUCUAGAGGAUCCCAAGAGCAUAUCUCCUUCCCAAAUGAGCUGGUUCAGACAAAGAAUCAUCAGAGGAAUGAGGAGGGUGAGAAACGUCAUCAGGAAAUGCCGGAUGUAGUUGAAAAUGAAGACUUGAACAAAAAUGUCAGGAAUCGAAGCAGUAUAAAGAGAAAGAAAGGUGGCUGUAUGAUUGAGAAGUGUGAUGGAAAACAGAGGAAUAUAUAUUUUCCAAAGCACAGGAAAAUGAAAGCAAGUAAAUCCAUUCAGUUCAGAAAGAAUUUCAGAAAUAAAUCACAGCUUCUUCUGCACCAAAGAAUAAAGAGAGAGGAGAAACCCCCUGAAUACUCAGGGACCAUAAUUAAAUUCAGUCUCAGUGACAAUCUUCAACAGCAUCAGAGAAUCCACCCAGGGGAGAAGCCUUUUGAAUGCUUUGAGUGUGGAAAGAGAUUCAGUCAAAAUGGUUAUCUUCAGAAUCAUCAGAGAACCCACAUGGGAGUGAAACCUUUUGAAUGCUCAGAUUCUGGAAAGAGAUUCAGUACGAGUGGCAGCCUUCAAAAUCAUCAGAGAGCCCACACACGGGAGAAGCCUUUUGAAUGCUCAGAGUGUGGAAAGAGAUUCAUGUGGAGUGGCAGACUUCAAAGGCAUCAGAGAACCCACACAGGGGAGAAGCCUUUUGAAUGUUCAGAGUGUGGAAAGAGAUUCAGUACGAGUGGCAGUCUUCAAACACAUCAGAGAACCCACACAGGGGAGAAGCCUUUUGAAUGUUCAGAGUGUGGAAAGAGAUUCAGUCGGAGUGGCGGUCUUCAAACACAUCAGAGAACCCACACAGGGGAGAAGCCUUUUGAAUGCUCAGAUUGUGGAAAGAGAUUCAUGUGGAGUGGCAGUCUUCAAAGGCAUCAGAGAACCCACACAGGGGAGAAACCUUUUGAGUGCUCAGAGUGUGGAAAGAGAUUCAGUACGAGUGGCAGCCUUCAAAAUCAUCAGAGAGCCCACACAGGGGAGAAGCCUUUUGAAUGCUCAGAGUGUGGAAAGAGAUUCAGUACGAGUGGCAGCCUUCAAAAUCAUCAGAGAGCCCACACAGGGGAGAAGCCUUUUGAAUGCUCAGAGUGUGGAAAGAGAUUCAUGUGGAGUGGCAGUCUUCAAAGGCAUCAGAAAACCCACACAGGGGAGAAGCCUUUUCAAUGUUCAGAGUGUGGAAAGAGAUUCAGUAUGAGUGGCAGUCUUCAAACACAUCAGAGAACCCACACAGGGGAGAAACCUUUUGAAUGUUCAGAGUGUAAAAAGACAUUCAGUCAGAGUGGCCAUCUUCAAAGGCAUCAGAGGACCCACUCAGUGGAGAAGCCUUUUGAAUGCUCAGAGUGUAGAAAGAGAUUUAGGACGAGUGGCAGUCUUCAAAAGCAUCAGAGGACCCACACAGGGGAGAAGCCUUUUGAAUGCUCAGAAUGUAGAAAGGGAUUCAGUCAGAGUUGCAAUCUUCAACAUCAUCAGAGAAUCCACACAGGGGAGAAGCCUUUUGAAUGCUCAGAGUGUGGAAAGAGAUUCAGUCAGAGUGGCAGUCUUCAACAUCAUCAGAGAAUCCACACAGGGGAGAAGCCUUUUGAAUGCUCAGAGUGUGGAAAGAGAUUCAGUCAGAGUGGCAAUCUUCAAUAUCAUCAGAGAACCCACACAAGGGAGAAGCUUUUUGAAUGCUCAGAGUGUGGAAAGAGAUUCAGUAAGAGUUGCAGUCUUCAAUAUCAUCAGAGAACCCACACGGGAGAAGUGUUUUGAAUGCUUGGGGUGCGGAAAGAGAUUUAGUACAAGCGGCAGUCUUCAAUAUCAUCAGAGAACCCACACAGGGGAGAAGUGUUUUGAAUGCUCAGAGUGUGGAAAGAGAUUCAGUAAGCGUUGUUAUCUUCAAUAUCAUCAGAGAACUCACGCAGGGGAGAAGCCUUUUGAAUGCUUGGAGUGCGGAAAGAAAUUUAGUACGAGUGGCAACUUUCAAUGUCAUCAGAGAACCCACACGGGGGAGAAGCCUUUUCAAUGUUCAGAGUGUGGAAAGAGAUUCAGUCAGAGUGGCCAUCAUCAAAAGCAUCAGAGAACCCACAGAGGGCAGGAGGUUUUGUACGAGUGGCAAUCUUCAGUAUCAUCAGAGAACCCACACAGGGGAGAAACCUUUUGAAUGUUCAGAGUGUGGAAAGGGAUUCGUGUGGAGUUUCAGUCUUCAAAGGCAUCAGAGAACCCAUACAGGGGAGAAACCUUUUGAAUGAUCAAAGUGUGGAAAGAGACCCAAAGGAUAACCUUUCUAAUCCUCAAUGCCCGUCCAUGGCUCUCCACACCUGGACUUGGAAAUGGCACUAAGGUAGGCUUUCAUGAUAGAGGGACACCAUCUCAAUGAAUGAGACAUACACUGAACUUGCUGAAGAGCUGUUGGCCCAUCAGCCUCCUUUACUGCAGUGGCAGCUGUUCUCCCAUGCAGCCCGAUGAGGGUAAGGGGAGCAGGCGAUGGGACAGGCCCCAGAAGAAGCGAGGACAGACUACUGCAUUGGAGAAUCCAAACGGGAGAAACCUUUUGAGUGCUCGGAGUGUGAGAGAAGAUUCAUUUAGAGUGGCACUCUUCAACUGCAUCCAUGAUCCCACACAUGGGGAGAAAAUGUUGAAAAGGGAUUCAGAAAGUGUGACAAUGUUCAAAAGAUUAAAGGAAUAAAGAAUAAAAUUCAUUUUAUUGGUUUUAGAGCAGUUUUCCAGCAUGUCAAGGUCAUCCUGUAUCCUAUUUCUGUCUUCUACUGUAUUUGCAACCCCUCCCAAUUUAAUAUCAUCAGCAGAUUUAAUAAGCAUUCCCUCUGUUCCUUCAUCCAACUCAUUUAUAAAGAUGUUAUUGUAAGCUGCCUGACAAAUAAAUGUUAUAAGUGC